GUGCAGAUGGAUCAAUACGGUCGACAGAAGUUUUAACUAUCUGGAGUGCGGAUAAAUUUUUACUGAGAGUCGUAUAGGAAUCUAUAAUCUGGGGAGCAUCUCGGAAGCCAUGCCGGCUGACGAGUUCGCUGGAAAUCGAAACAGAAGCAAACCAAGACUGCAACCACCUUAACGAACCGCUAUUAUCACUGGCAAGGUCAUCGGGCAGACCGGAUCUAAUCAUGCUCACGCCGACCAUGCUUCCUGUGCACUCGUUCCUCUUUCUUAACGACGUCAACCAGAAGAUCGGAUGGUAAAAAAUUCGAAAUCGAGUUGAUUGAAAAUCUCAAGGAAUAUUAAAAAAAAAAUACGAAUAAACAAUUUGAUAUAGAAAUCAUCCAUUUUGGGCAAAGAAAAGAAACAAUCAGAAAAAGGAAUAACCACAGAAGCUCUGAAUUUCAUUGCUUCCUAAUGGUACUUCCUUGGAUAUUUUUACAUUCUGGAGGCGUGAACGAACUCUGAAAAACAGAAACGACUUCUAUCGGAUGAUCGAAAAAACUACCUGGACACUGAGUAUAAUUAUUCACACGUGCGGAUGCCAUUUCCGGCAUGUUUCUCCAUGAAGAAGGUCAGCUUCAGUUUUUGCCACUUGUAGAUAGAAGUUGAAGUGGCGGACGUCUUAACGAGGUUGCUAGAAUGUCAAAGAAAUAGAUGAGGGAAAUAUUAUGAAGAUAUAUUUAUGAAUAUCUAAUUGAGCAUUUAAUUAAGAACUUAAUCGAAAGACCAAAAUAAGUUGGUUCUUGAGACCAAGUACCUAUCUAAGUAUAAUAGUCUUUUGUACUUACGGUUUAGUAAGAGGACUCGAGUAAAACGAUUACUCGUUAAAAGGAACAAUAGAAUAAUCAUGCCUCCGCAGACGGUGGUCUCUGCUUUCAUGCCUUAUCGCGGAGAAUCUCAGCGAAAAAAGUAUCCCGAAGCGUGAGCUGAAAGGUGGCUAUGUAGGCUGCCUAGUGAAUGCCGUCGCCAUGGUGGAGCUGGCGUGUAGCAACUCCCUAAGUCCAGGAACCUAAUCCCGCGUCAGAAAGACAAAAUUCGCUACGGAGAAAAGUAAACAAAAAUAUAUAUAUAGGAAAGAAGAGACAAAGAUUAAAGAUCGUUAAGAAUUAAAGGUAAUUUAAUGAUAAAAGAGAGAAAGAAUUGUGUAAAAAUUCUACUGGGAAAGAAAAGAAAGAAGAAGCCUCCAACGAGAAAGACGUGCUCAGAAGCGAGUCCCGCGUAGCGCCAUGUAGAGGAGCAGGAAGAAGCGCAGUCUUCCUCAGGCAUUCCAGCGUCGAGUAAUGCUGAAGCAUAUCCUGAUGGGGCAACCGUCGUCAGCGGGCUCCAGGCACCAGCACAAUGACUACCAGGCGAGCUCGGGCUCGUUGCACGGCGGCCACCACCACCACCAUCAUUCUGGUCACCAACAGGAUCAACAGCAACACCAUCAUUACAACCAAAACAACAACGUUCGUGGAACGACAGGGGGAAGCCAAGGAUGGGGAGUCGACGUUUACGACUCGGUGGUCCAUCAAAGAGCCAACGUGCAUCAGGCUGCCACCACGCCAUCUUCCACUCACAGACACCCUUUGAAUCAUUCUCAGUUGAGCGUGAACAAUCUUUCUCAACGAUUGAAUCACUCGCACGCUCUUAAUCUGUCCACGUUGUCCACGUCGAAGCAUUCUGUGAACAGCGUCAGUCCUGUUGCCGGUGGGAAUAACAAUAACAAUAAUAAUAAUCUGUCGACUACAUUGGGGGUGAUAUCCCCGGCGCCGCUGCACCAGGACAGCAGACCUAAAGCGAAUGGAGGCUUUGAUAUCUCGAGACUGUCCAGAUUACCCAGUCAGGCGACACCUUCGCCUGCACCUGCUCUUCAGGGUACGACUACCGGGGGACAGUUAACCGGUCCCGGUUCCACGGCGUACCCCUUGAACGCUUCCUGGUCGUCGUCCCUGUCAAGGAAUCACAAGGACCACGAGGUUAGCGCGAAAGAGACGUUGACCAGUUUGGGUUUAUUGUGUCUAGUGUCGUUGUUACUGGCGCUACUCUCGUUGAUCUUCUUGCUGAAGAUCUCACCGUUAACGGUGACGCCGAGUAGCCUGAUCAGCCCGAAAGAGUAUACGAUUGUCUACGAGGUGACGUUAGCGCUGUGCGCACUCGCCCUCUCCCUAAACCUCUGCUGUCUCCUCAUGUGCGCUAUACAGUUCCUCUUCACUGUGAAACUCGUCAAGACUUCGUAUCAAGGACAUUGGAGUAACAAGUACCUGCAAAAAUCAUCCAUCAGCCGGAUAUGUGCUGUCGGAGGGUUUUUCAUUAGCAUUCCCGUCUUUCUAACUGGCAUGAAUCUAAAAGAUACUGUGAACUAUCUCUGAGUGUAUGAAAUCAGUUUAGAAAUCUAAUGGAAAUAAAGUUAAUUUUAACGCCGAAUAGUCAUUAUUUUUCUUAGAAAAAUAAAAAUGAUCGUCUUUUAGGGAAGUUUUAACAGAUUAAUUUAUAAAGAGCUGAAACAGAAUAUUCAUGUCAUGCAUGAAUACGGCUGGUGGAUGGAUCGAGAUCUAAUCUAAAGUUUACGUUGUGUCAUGCUAGUUUACACAGCUAUCAUUCGCUCGAUCGAUCGUUAAGCUGUUGAACUCGAUUCAAGACGGACAUUUUGACUCUGUUCAGAAGAAAACUGCGUUUUAAUAAAUUUGACGGAAUAGAAAUUAUGAUAGACUACAACGUUUUUUUAAUUAUAUCAUAAAAUUUAUUUAUUUUUUUUUUAAUGUCAUGUUAGAAACUUCAAAUACUGUCCAAAACUUCGAACGUAAUCGUUUUAGAAAUUUGUAAAUUACUUAACGACCAAAAAUAUUGAAUUCUCUAUUGUCUGAAGAUAGAUUCUCUAUAAUUUAAGUAAUUUAUUCGUCGAGAAUUGAUAUAUAAAGACUUAAAUAAUAAAUUAAUUGAAAAAUAAUUUGCGACUAGUAUUGAAAAUUUCAAUGAAAAGCAUAUGUAUAUAGUUUACGCUUCGAGAAUUAUAUGUAUUGAGAAUAUGUAUUUGCGCUGAUUCUUUGUCCCGCUUGUUAUGGCAUACGUGU